CAAUGAACAAACUUUAAAAUCACGGUUCAAAACCUUUCAAGUCAAAAUUUCAAUCAAAUCAUCUAACCAAAAUCUUAUUGACGUUAUGAUAUGCGUAAAGUUGUUUAAUUAAAAAUAUUUAAUUCUAAAUCAUUGAUAUUAAUAAAAGACGGUAGGGGAGAAAUUUAAAGUCUGUAGGUUUAGGGUUCAAGAUAUGGAUAAAAUAAUUACUUUAGAAGAAGUUAAGAAGCACCGGCGGAAAAACAGCGUAUGGAUAGUUAUCCACAAUGAUGUUUAUGAUGUAACAUCAUACCUAGAAGAGCACCCUGGUGGGGAAGAUGCUUUGUUAGAAGUAGCUGGUCAAGAUGGUACACAAGCCUUUGAAGAUGUUGGCCACAGUGAUGAUGCCAGGGAGAUACUAAAGAAGUUCAAGAUUGGAUCACUGCCAGUAGAACAGAAAUCAACAUUCCUUCACACAUGUUGCAAAGUGAAGCGUAAACAAAGCCGUUCCCAACACAGCUCAGAAUGUUCUAUGUGCUCAAGCGUCAGCUGUCCAAAUGUACCUCAUACGGAUAAAGAGGAAAAAACAUGGCGGACAUUCGACGGAUCUCCUUCAAGUGAUCGGCUUGACAGGAGAUACGAAAAGUCAAGCGGGCCCACUCUUCCCACUAGUCCGUCCGUAGAAAGAAGGGUACAAUCUGUUGUCGUCCCACGCGAAAGGCGUAGGAUACGAAGGAAACCCACCCCACCACCACCUCCUAGUUCCUCACUGAAAUGGGCCGUAUUAGCGUUGGCUGGUGCAAUCGUAAUAGGCUUUGUCAUUAAGAAGGCGUUGGCUAAGUAAAACUACGGGACCAAUCGAUAAGUUAUCAAAGUGGCUGUUUUAGAUAUACAAAUACACCUGUAGUUCUACUAGUUUUAAAAAGAAUCUUCUAACAUGUGCGUAAGAAGUCUUUAAAAUGGU